AUGUAUUCCAAAUUUUGGCCUAAAGGAGGCCUUCCUGGCAUUUUGCAUCACUAUGUUCGUCUCUAUCUUAGAUCUCACCAUCGUCUUCGGACUUUACUGACAAUAUUCUUGAAGACUGAGACGCUCACCGCAUUUGAGUUCACCUCCACUCUCGCUCCUCAACCUCACAGCGUUCUUUUUAUCGGCGGUCUCGGAGAUGGCCUUGCCACAACAUCCUACAUGGCUGACCUUGCUCGCACAUUGCUGCCGACAGGGUGGUCCCUCUUCACCUUGAACGUCACCUCAUCAUACACAUCAUGGGGCUGCGGACAUCUGGAUAGAGACACAAAUGAGAUUGCUCGAUGUAUCGAGUAUAUUAAAGAAUACAAAACCGAGAAGUUCGGCAGUAGCAAGCUCGUUCUUAUGGGUCAUUCUACCGGCAGUCAAUGUGUUCUGCACUACCUUUCUCAAUCCAAUCCGCAUACCAGUGUUCCUGCAUUUGAUGCCGAUCUUGAACAUGUUCAGCGCCCUGCUCUCGAUGGUGCAAUCAUGCAAGCUCCUGUAUCAGACAGGGAAGCUAUCAAGCUUUGCAUUGAACAUGGGUUCAUGGGAAACUCUCCAGCUCAGAUGAAGGCUAUAUGUGAUGAGAUGGAAGCUAUCUCGAAAGAGGCUGUUGCUGGGAAUAGCAAGCAUGACACAAUACUUCCUCUUGCGUUAACUACUGCAAUCUACCCAGCUAAUACGCCUAUCAGCUGUCGCAGAUUCUUGAGUCUCUAUAGUCCAGAUAGUCCUGCUUCACCUGGGGAAGACGACUUGUUCAGCGCGGAUUUGAGCAAUGGGCAGCUGGCAAAAACAUUCGGCAUGAUCCAGCAGCGUGGACUGCUGCGACAUAAGCUAAUGGUCCUCUAUUCAGGAGCUGAUCAGGCAGUCCCAGCGUGGGUUGAUAAAGAAAAUAACUUGGCUAGGUGGCAGAAUGCUACUGAUCAUGGCGGAAAGUAUCAAAUUUGGGAUGAAGUGCAUUCAGCCAUUAUUCCAAAUGCUUCCCAUGCUUUAAGCAAUGAUGACCAGGCUGAGCCACGGAAGUUUCUGUGUGAGAAAGUAUUGGGAUAUUUGCAGACAGCCCUUGAGAUAUGA